CAAAGAAAAAAAUUUACAAAUUUCUGAAGAAACUUGCUACUUUCAACUUCACUAAUUAGUAAUUAUGUCUUCUCAGACACAAAUCUCACGUCAUAGUUAAUAGACAGUAAUUAUCCCCUAUUUUUGCUAAUAAAGCAACGUAGACAGUUGUUUCACAAAAAGAGGGAAACGCGUGUCAAACUACUACUGGUGCAAAUCACAAAUGUAAAAAGACACGAGUACCCCUAGUGUAAUGUCGUGUCUUCACCUGACUACUCCGUCCUGUUGCCUUCCCUCCCAUAAAGAUCUCAAAAACCCUAAAUGCCAAAACCCCAGAGAGAGUACUAAUCCCAAAGUAGCAGCUAGCCAGAAAUCUCACACAAAAAAAAAAAACAUCACUCUCUCAGUUGAAUCAUGGUCGUCCCUCUCAGAGCUAUUCCUUCAUCUCGCGAGGGGUUUUAUGCAAUAAACAACCAGUUUUUAGCAACUGGACCAAAAGGGUUCAUGGAGUUCAAGAUGCUGGAGAACGAAGAUAUGUUCGUGAGGAUUGAUUUUCCCGGCGUUCCAAAAGAUGGUGUGAGGGUUUUUCUUGACCAGUCCAAGAAAGCUGUUUGUAUCUUCGCCGAAGCACCAAAGGAACACAAAUACGACUACUCUGAACGGAACUACGGUACCAGCACCGGACUUGUCUGCAAAUGCUGUGAAGUCUCCGGCUUCACUUCUCUCAUGUGCGAUGGUGUUCUUAGGCUUAUUCUCACCAAGUCCAACAUCACUCCACAACGCUCCUCCUGCAUCUCGUUUCUUGCUGGCCCAGAUUUCAGAGAAGAUCUCCGUGGCGAUGGUCCUCACAAAUUUCCCCAUGGCACGGAUCCUAAUGACCCGAAGUUAACUGGUCGGAUAUUGAUGCCACACCCAUGUGUGAACUACGGAUCGGAGAUGGCUUAUGAGUCCAAGCAGCUUCAAAACGGUGGUCUAUACGUGCGUGUAGACAUGCCAGGCGUUCCUAAAGAGAACUUCACUGUCGCAGUCAUGAAUAGGAGAGUGAAGGUGGCUGGUGAAGCUCCUGCCGUUAGCCACGACUCAAGUGGACGUUUCUACUCUGGUGACGUUGCUAUGCUCUCCACACCUUUCGACAUUCCCAUCCGUAAGAUCAAGAUCAUUGCCAAGAACGGUGUGAUUCGUUUGAUCAUCCCUCCUGUUUGAUUUCAUGAUGAUGAAGCUGCUAUGUUUUCUGUUUCUUUAAAUUCGUGAAGCCUUUUGGACUUCUUCUUUAGGGAUUAUUUCGUAAUUUUGGACAGCUUUUAUCAACUUUGAUAUGUUUCAAAAAGACAAUCUUUUUUUUUGGUGUCUACUAUGAGUCUCUAAAUUGUU